GUGGUAACAGACUUCCGUUGGCUUAGCGGGACUCAAUCAAUUUAUCUGCUUGAUCUGCUCACACUUUACUCGCUAGGCCGCCAAGAUGUUCAGCCGCGUGGAUGCAGCAGUUUGUUUUUUCGUUUUUAUGGUCGUACCAUUCGACUUUUCUUUAUCGAUGUAUUUUAAAGGUUUUCGGCACAAAUUUCUUGAAGGUCCAAUGAUUUCAGAAUUUUCCGUGCAAAGUGAUUUUGAGUGUUUUCAGAAAUGUUUGAGGGACAGCCACUGUUCUUCCGUGAAUAUCAAGACGAUUACUGAGGAAUCAAGUCUAUGUCGGCUAAUCGGCAAUGUAUCGAAGAGCAAUUGCAAGCACGGUUUGGAGUAUACACACUACAAAAAACUGAGCCUCGCCCAAUGCCCUCUCGGUUGGCACCACCAUGCCAACAACUGUUAUGUGAUCAAGUUUGAAAACGUCACGUGGCAAGUUGCUAAGAAACGAUGUCAUUCAAUGGACUCUGCGAUGGUGUCAAUCUCCAGUGUUAAAGAAAAUGCCUUUGUUCGUGGUUUGUUCUACUCAGACACAAUAUGGCUAGGACUGGAAGACUUCAGUUCUGGUAGCUGGCGAUGGGAGGACGGAUCGCCCGCGUCUUUCACGUACUGGCAAGCAAGCGCACCCUCUGGUCAGUUGGGUCAGGACUGCGUCAAGAUGUCUUAUCAGAGGGGCAAAUGGAACGACUGCCAAUGUGAUCUGCUACUUCCUUACGUCUGCAAGAUGCCAGAGAACGCGAUUACACCAUUCUGUUAGGAUUCUAAGACUCCCUGGGGGUACCUCCCUUAAAAAUAUCACAUUUGUUCUUUGCAAAAAUGAAUUUUAACCCUAAGGGAUAGCAAAAUAAGUGCGGUUUACACAAAUUUCUAUCCCUCCCUGGGAUAACAUUAAAAACAGACAAAUUAUCAGUUAUCUGAAUCGUAUUAACAGAUGAAUUUAGGAAUGAAUAUCACUGUAAUGAAUGUAACUGUCAGACUGAUUCGUCUUGCUUGGGUCGGGCUCGAUGACACCUUUGUAGCCUCUCAUUAUGAAAUGACAUCUGAUAUUUCAGUUAAGUAACAAAAUGUGGUUUGAUUAGCGUCUCACAACGACCCUGCUACGGCCCUGUUGGAUAUUCCGUGCUCGUGGCCACGACCACAGAAUGUCCGGCCCACGAACAGCCAUGAACACGGAAUUUCUGGCACACUAGUCAUGCCAUGAGCACAGAAUUUCUGGCCCACGAGAUGCCACGAGCACGGAAUUUCUGGCCCUCGUGUCCUGCUACUUAUUAUAAAAAAAUUAUCAAUAAAUACAAGAAAUGUUGCAUUAGAUUAUUAGUCAUAGGUAGCCCCAUUUUCGCUCGGAAUAUUCAAAAUAUUUGAAUAGAAGAAUAGAAAGAAAGAUAAAAAUCUGUUCACCCUUUAGUUUCUUAAAUUUAUAGGUUUAUGUUAUGAAAACCAUUAAAACGAUGUUAAAUUGUAUAUUAAAGAUAUUGAAUAAUUC